AUGGAGGCCUUAGACGGGCCGGUGCUGUUUCGUGUCGCGGACGCUACCGGCGAUGCGGUUACCACCAUCGCUAACAUCGCUUCGGUCUCCCGCGCCUUCGCCCGUGUCGCCCGCUCGGAGCUAUGGCCACGUUAUUGCAUCGAGCGCGCCGCCGUUGCCGAAGACGGCGAGGCGGCGGCGGUGGCGACGGUGGCGGCGCGGCUGGUGCGCGAGGCGGGCAGCGCCGAUGCGCCGCGAAACGCGGCGAGCAGCCUGGCGCGCUGCAUGAGUGCGUGCCCGGGCGUUCUACCCGCCUGCUCCAUCGCGCUGCGGGUGAACGCGGCGCUGCACUCUAAAUUGGACCGGUGGUCGCGUUGGCCCGAGGAAGACUCAACAAAAUCGUGGAGCGAGACGGAGGAGGAAAGCGGCAUAGACGGGGGAAGUGUGGGUGUGGGAGGCGGCAAGAGCGUCAAUUCUCAUGUCAGCGAUUCUCAUGUCAGUGACUCCUCUGUGCUGUGCUCCGCGCUCGCCACUCGGCUCUUUUUAGACGAGUGCUUCCUCCCCGCCUCCCCUUUCCGCCCAUCGCCGCGCUUUUUGGGCGAGGUGGAAGGGGACGAAAGGGGGAAAGCUAGGGAGGAAGAUGGGGGGGAAGGAGCGCAGGAGGGCGCGGCGGUGUUGAUGGCAACAGGGGACUGUGGGCGGGAGCACAGGGCUGGGUUUGAACGAUGUCAAGUGGUGCGGGGAGCGAUUGCUGGGUUCAAGCACUCGCGCUUUCACUGGAUGCUGCAAGGCCAGCCGUUUGAUCCUUGCACAUGCCCCUUGUGCCACGACCAGGUGAGAUGGUCAGUGUUCAAUCAUGCCAGGUGUUCAAUCAUGCCAGGUGUUCAAUAA